GAGCAUGGCGGGGGUGGGGCUGGGUGAGGCGCGCGCCAAGCAGGCCGGGGAGCCCCUCGCCCCGGCCCUUUGAGCCCGGACCGGACAGAGAUGUGAUAAUGGAUCAUCAUGUUUCCACCAUCAAACCUCGAAGAAUCCAAAACCAAAAUGUCAUUCACCGCCUGGAACGCCGGCGGAUCAGUUCAGGCAAGGCAGGCACCCACUGGCACCAGGUCCGAGUGUUCCACCAGAAUGUCUUCCCCAACUUCACGGUCGUCAAUGUUGAAAAGCCCCCUUGUUUCUUGCGUAAAUUCUCACCUGAUGGACGCUACUUCAUUGCUUUCUCUUCAGACCAGACAUCUCUCGAAAUCUAUGAGUACCAGGGCUGCCAGGCAGCUGAGGACCUACUGCAGGGCUAUGAGGGGGAAAUCCUGUCCAAUGGCAAUGACCAGCGGUCAGUCAACAUCCGUGGCCGGCUCUUCGAACGCUUUUUCGUCCUGCUGCACAUUACCAAUGUGGCAGCCAAUGGCGAGCACCUGAACCGGGAGUGCAGCCUCUUCACUGAUGACUGCCGCUGUGUCAUCGUGGGCUCAGCUGCCUAUCUCCCAGACGAGCCUCACCCUCCUUUUUAUGAGGUGACUCCUGAAGGCACUUUCAUUGAUGUGAGGACCAUUGGCCGCUUCUGCUAUGAGGAUGACCUGCUCACUGUGUCAGCUGUUUUUCCUGAGGUGCAGCGGGACAGUCAGACAGGCAUGGCCAAUCCUUUCAGGGAUCCCUUCAUCAACUCCCUGAAACACCGGCUGCUUGUGUACCUUUGGCGCCGGGCAGAGCAGGAUGGUAGUGCAAUGGCCAAGAGGCGCUUCUUCCAGUAUUUUGACCAACUGCGGCAGCUGCGCAUGUGGAAAAUGCAGCUUCUGGAUGAAAACCAUCUGUUUAUCAAGUAUACUAGUGAGGAUGUCGUAACCCUGCGGGUCACAGAUCCAUCACAGGCAUCUUUCUUUGUGGUGUACAAUAUGGUGACAACAGAGGUGAUCGCUGUGUUUGAGAAUACAUCAGAUGAGCUUUUGGAGCUGUUUGAGAACUUCUGUGAUCUCUUCCGUAACGCUACCCUGCAUAGCGAAGUCCAGUUUCCCUGCUCAGCUUCCAGCAACAAUUUUGCACGGCAGAUCCAGCGCCGGUUUAAAGACACUAUUGUAAAUGCCAAGUAUGGAGGGCACACGGAGGCAGUACGCCGGCUGCUGGGUCAGCUCCCCAUCAGCGCCCAGUCUUACAGUGGUAGCCCCUACCUUGAUUUGUCUCUCUUCAGCUAUGAUGACAAGUGGAUGUCAGUCAUGGAGCGGCCCAAGACUUGUGGAGAUCACCCUAUCAGGUUCUAUGCCCGGGACUCUGGUCUGCUCAAGUUUGAGAUUCAGGCAGGCUUACUGGGCCGUCCCAUCAACCACAUGGUGCGACGCCUUGUUGCCUUCACCUUCCACCCUUUCGAGCCUUUUGCUAUCUCUGUGCAGAGGACUAACGCUGAGUAUGUUGUCAACUUCCAUAUGCGACACUGCUGCACGUAGGUGCCUCACCAGAGUGGGUCAUCCGGUCUUCCAAGACUCUGCCUCCUUCAUAUCUCAGUGGACUGUAAAGCAGAAGCUCCUCUCAGCCUUGUCGGUUCCAGACUGUAUACCUCAGAUGGGGAGAGCCAGGUGGCUCAGCCUGACGGAAUUUUUUUGUCAUACACAGUACAACUACCGAUCGACUUAAAGUCCUCUUACCUUUUCCCUGUGGGAAUGCCCAGCAUUAAUUAAGUCCGUUUAAGUUUUUUUUAUUUUGCAUUUUAUUGCUAUGAAGAUGAGAGCAUUACACCUCUGCCUCCUUCAUGUCACUUCUUUGGCAUUAUGGUAUGCAGCCUGAAGCAGGUAAAUCUUGUUUACUCAUGAGAAGUGUGUACAUCUUUCCACUUAGCCAAUAGCAGGGCUGUCUUUAUAAGAAAAAAAAAAAUAAAGCCUUGGUAUUUUCUUACUUAAAUAUA